UGGUGCCUCUGUUCAAGAAGCAUGAAGUUAGACAUUUUGACUUUCUGCCUUCUCUGUUUCCACUUUGAACCCUGCUUUGGUGAUGGCGUCUGCUUAUUCUGCGAAGAGCGGUGUAAAGAAAACCAUAAUAUUUCUACUCCUGAGGCAAUGGAUGGACUUCCAAGAAAAACCCUGACGUUUCACUGCCCCUUGACUGCAAAAGCUGUAGGUUUCCAUAUGAAACUGUUUAAGGGACAUGGCAGAGAAGAAAUGUGUACCUUCUACGCAGAAAACAGAACAGAGCAAUCCAGCACGGGGUCUUGUAAUCCAGUGCUUUCUGCUAACAGCGUAUCAUUUGAACUCAGAAAUUUAAGCAAGGAAGUUAAUACAUAUACUUGCUGCUUAGAAAUACUUGUCCCAGUCUACAGUUGCUGCCAUACAAGUGAAACCUAUCUAUACAUCCAAGAUUCAGAAGAGUGUUUCUUAUCGGAAUUCGCAUCAUGGCUCCUUGCUAUACUCACCGCUUUUUCCACCAGUGGCUGUAUUUGCUGUUUUCUAUUUUGUUGCAUCAGAAACUUGUGUUGCCAGCAUUCCUCCAGAUCUCAUGACUAUAACAAUGAAUACAUGUCCAUGGCAGCUGUGAAGCCCAAUGAAAAAUCCAGGCAUGAACUCUUAAGAAGGCCUAUUGCAAUAUAGAACAGUCUCUAAGAGCACAAUAUACAAGACAUUUCCAUCCAUCUUGAAAUGCGCAGCUUGGACCCCUCUCUUUGAUGGUGACAGUUGCUGGCAUUACUCGGCUCAGGAACCAAACAAGUCACGCUAAAUGUUCCUGUUGCGACUUCAUCCUUAGUGCCUUCGGGCACUAAGCCAGGAGAAUGCGCUUGAAUAAUAUGCGUCAAGUGAAACCGUGCAGGGUUUUCUUUACCAAGAGAAUUGUUGCAACACUACAGAAGGGUAGACGAGGUCUCCUCUCUCGUACCGGCUUCUGCUGAGGUAAUUCCUCUCUCUAGUAGCCCAAACAGAAUCACCCUGGUUAUGCAAAAUAUGAGAAUAUAUCUUCCUUUCUUCUUCCUCUUUCGCCUGAUCAUUACCGGACGUCAGAGCAGAAAUGUUGAUCCUCCGCUGUGUGAAUUCAUAGGGGCUGUACAGAAAAGUGGCUGAAGUCAGGGGGUUUGUUGGGCCUGUGCCAAAACGGCAACCCAGGGAAGGGAAGCCUCCUUUAUUUGUUUACAUUUUGUUUGCCUAAUUUUGUAUUAUGUUUGUAGCCCGUUUUAUGAUUUUGGUGCACAAUUUAUGUGCGUGAUAUACUGCCAUGAUAUAAGAUGAU